UUGUAAAAAAAGCAUUCUUGGGGAUGGAAACGGGGCAGGACAUUGUGGCGGCGGCGCCGGUGGCGGCGAUGGGGGCUCCUCCGCCGACUUCUUUGGCGCCCGGGUUUAGGUUUCAUCCAACGGACGAGGAGUUGGUGAGGUAUUAUUUGAGGAGGAAAGUUUGUGGGAUGCCUUUCAGGUUUGAAGCUAUUAGUGAAAUUGAUGUGUACAAAUCUGAGCCAUGGGAGCUUGAUGGUUGUUAUGUUUUUCAACAUUCGGUGCUGAAGACGAGAGAUCUAGAGUGGUACUUCUUUAACCCUGUGGAUAAGAAGUACGGCAGUGGAUCCCGGCUCAAUCGCACCACUGGGCAAGGGUACUGGAAGGCGACCGGGAAGGACCGCCCAGUGAAACAUAAGAACGAGUCCAUUGGAAUGAAGAAAACGCUCGUUUUCCACAGCGGACGUAUCCAUGAUGGAAAGCGGACUGAUUGGGUGAUGCACGAGUACCGGCUGUGUGACACAGAACUGGGAAAGGCCGGUGUUCUACAGGAUGCAUUUGUGCUCUGUAAAAUCUUCCACAAGAGUGGCGCCAGACCACCUAAUGGGGACCGAUAUGCCCCGUUUAUCGAAGAGGAAUGGGAUGAGGACGCCCCCCUUGUGGUCCCCGCGGAAGAUGAGGUGCGCGAAGAUUGCACAAACACCGAACAGGAUGUGCAGCCUCUCGUAGCCCUGGCCGAUACCCCCGGCGUCCCUCUCCAGCUGUCGAAGAGGGAUCCUGCACCCGAACUGGAGCACCUCUCGCUGGACAUCGGCAAGAGACCAAAGCGCGAUGAUCCAAACUGCAGCAUCGUCAACGGAUCCGAGGACUCCACCUCAACAAUGAUGAUGGCGAAAACCAACUCCCCGCCUGUAGAGAUCCCCCUUCUAGAGACCCUAGGCGCGAAAGGCAACCUCCCGGGCAGCACGACCACGUUUAACUCGGCAGAACUGGAAAAAUCCGUCCCUCCCGGCUACCUCAAGUUCAUCAGCAACUUGGAGAAAGAGAUCAUCGACAUCUCGAUGGACAGGGAGAGGCUGAAGAUUGAAGUGAUGAGAGCGCAAGCGAUGAUCGACAUUCUUCAAUCUCGGGUUGAGCCCUUGACCAAGGAAAACGCAGAGCGUGAAAGACAUUCAUUUGAAGGAAACACGGGGUUAUAUGGUUUCCCACUCAACGGAAGUUUCAACAACCCUCAUCAAACCGGUCCAUUGCCAUCAAGGGAUUCAGAACCAAAAGAUGAGGAGAUUGAGUGGGAAUAUGUGUUUGCUGCGUUUGGUUACGUUGUGGGAUUCGGAAGCAUUGCAUGGACACUGCUAUGUUUCAUAAACUUGAGAGAAAUAUACUUUGAGAAGAUAGAAGAGGUUGCUGACAAGAUAUUCUUUGAGAGAGGAAGGAGAAGAAGACAUGAAAGAAGGAGUAAGAAUAAGAGAAGAAAGGAGGAAUGGGCUUAG